CCCACGGCCAGCCUCACAGACAACAACUCUCUCCCUCUUCCACAGCGCACGUGCUCACGGCUCGUCCUCCCCCCCCCACCGGGAUUCUUAGCCCUCCAUCUUUCCCGACGUGCCCCAGGGCUGAGCCAUAGAGUAGCUGGGGCUGGAGCGGCCUCCCCUUCACCCUCGGUCUCUGGCUCUCGCUCGCUGGCGGCGGCUAGUCGUGGGAGAGGAGGCGGCGGCGGCGGCGGCGGCGGCGCUGCAACAUGGCGGCCGUGGAGGAAAGGGGCAGCCCCGAGGAGGAGAAGCACCUGAACGGGGAGGUGCUCUUGGAUCCCGAGGAGAGAGAAGGCGCGGCGGGGCCUGGCGCUGAAGAAGGAGCGAAGAAGAAGCGCAAGAAGAAGAAGAAGAGCAAAGGAGCCGCCGCGGGUAGGAGCUGGGCCGGGCAAGGCGAUGGCGGGGCGGGGGAGGCCGCGUCAGGGUUGAGCCAUGGGGACAACUUCGUCGGAGGAGGAGCGGGAGCGAAGCCUCCUUGCCCCCUGAGACGUCCGGGGUUGAAGGGAGAGGGGUGGGUCGGUGGGAGGACGAGCCCCUUUUGAGGGGAAAGAAAGCCGCCGUUCCGUGGCGCCGCUGUGGGGAAAUGUUCCCAGAGUCGGAGGGGUUUAGGGGAAGCGAUGGGGAGGGUCUGGGUGUUAGGCCGUCAAGCUCAUGUUAAGCCUUUUAUCAUCAUCAUCUAUAUAUAUAUAUAUAUGAUAUAUAUAUAUGAUAUAUGAGACUGGAAAUCGUUAAACUAGGGCGUGGGUCGUGUAUGGCAAGGCGACCUCGCGUCUGAGAUCUUCUGUGUCGGGGUGGUGACACGCUGCCGGGGUUUUCUUGGGAAGCAAGAGAGUGUUGGUAUGCAGCUGUCAGGGUGCCUGGGGAAGAGGAGGGGGGGAGUUAAUCAACACUGCAGUCGGAAGAUAACUUUUAUGGUGGGAGCAUGCACGAAAUUCACAUGUAAUGGGAGAGAGGGUCUUCGGAAUGAUGCAUUUGCCGUCGGACACUCACUCGUAUGGUAUAGGAGGAGGACGAUUGUAACUGCAUGGUUUCCUUACAGGACUGAGGGUGUGUUUUAAUUCUUAGAGACUGUUGCAGUUGCGUAAGGCGGGGGUGGAUGGAUUUACAUGCUUUCAUUAGUACAUGGUACCUGUCCUAAGGUCUAGGGAGAGAGAUUUCAAUUUAUGGAAUUGCUUGGAAGAAAUUUAUUAUUUACCUUCAGUGAUAAUAUAGGAACAGUCUUGUAUAAUUUAGAAAGUAGAGACACACAAUUUUGAAAGUAUAUUGUCUUUGUUUAGCUGGGUUUUGCGUUAUUGUUUAAACUACCUGCUUAUUUGCAAACAGGACAAGAAACCGAGAGAGAAUCUGAGUCAACACUUGAUGAGGUGACAAAACAAUUGGAUAAACAAACACUGGAGGAAAAGGAGAAAGAAGAUGAUGAUGAAGGCAAGUAUAAUUUACCCUGUCCAUGAUAUGUAAAAUAUUAAUGUAAAAAUAUUUGGAGUUUGCUUUAGUUAAGGGAUUACUGGAGUUGGGAAAGAUAUUUCAUGCUGAAGCAGUUUUAUGUAGGUUGUUGAAAGCGCUGCUGUAUAAAAAGGCUAUUAUCAAAUGUUUUGUUCAUUGAUUUUAAAAAGAGAUCAUAUUAUACUAAGUAAUUAUAACCUUGGAAAGAGCAACUCUUAUCAGGGUAAUUCAAGAUGAGAGAUAGGAUCUAUCCCAAGGGAUGGCUGAGCACUGACUUUAACCUAGAUCUCCUUUGUUCAGGUACAAUAGGCUAUCCACUGCAACACAGUGACUGUGUUAUAUAUUGAAAUUCCUGUUUGGGAAUGGUAAUAGAGAAUAUUGAUAGAUCUUUGGCCAAUUUUAUUGGUACAUACAUACAUGCUUGAAAGUCAUAGAUAUUGAAUUCAAUUUAUGAAGCCAUUUCUGAUGAGCUUUUGUUCUAAACAAAAUGCCAGUCUUUCUGUUCAUUAAAAGAAAGGAAAUAAAAUUCAGUUUAAUUCUUAAAGUGUCAAUUUUACCUAGAUUAUUCUAUAAAUUAUGAGUCAUUUAAACUACAGAAAACAGGCUUUAUUACUGUUGUCCUUGUAUUAUAUCUACAUUUCGAAAAGCCAUAUGAUGGAGAAGAUAGGAAUGAAAUAUGAAUGACAGCCAGAAGCCCCAUUUUACAUGCAAAGGGCUUUUUCUGGACCAAGAAUAGGGGGUUGUAUAUAAGACAUGGUGGUUAAGCUAACAAGGAGAUGAUUUUCUCCUAGAGACUUUGCUGUGAGUUUAUUUAUCUAAAAAUAGACAAAACAUUUCAGUUCAAGUUCUUUUGCAACACAAUACCUGUCCACAUUAAUUGGUUUUGAACAAGAACAACCAUUAAUGUGUUAUUUCUGUUGGGUGUUGGAAUAGAUGUCUGGGGCUCCCCACACCCACCCAUUUAAUAGCUUAAGUUCUAAUUAACUGGAUUGCUAGUGACCAGAGCUUCAUAUAAUUCAGAAGAGAUCCUAAAUGUUAAGAGACUGUUACAUGAUGGUGCUUAACUCUAGGCUUCAAAUGCCCAUUCAUCCAUAAGACUCACUGGGUGACCUUGGUCAGCUACACUCCCCUAGUCUAAUCUACCUCACAUGGUUUUUGUGAUGGUAAAAUGGAGGGUGGGGACCAUGUAUGGCACCUUGAUUGUCCUGUGGGGAAAGGUGUAUUAACAAUCUAGUAAUAUAAAUAAAUAGGCAAAGCUUUUUUAAACCUAAUAGCAAAAAUAUGUCUUGACCAAAUCAAGAACCUUUCAGACAGAAUCUUCAUUGCUGUCUGGUGUUUUGCAUUAGGAAUCAAUCGUUCAUGGUGGAAGCUAAACAUGUUACUUGGAAUUAAGUUUUCAUUCAACUCCUAGGAUUAUAGCCUUGAUUAGAGACAGUGGUUGUGACUCUGACAAAAGGAUGGAAAUAUUGCAGCAGUCUUCAAGGACAUGGCAGUCUAAACAGUUUGGCUUGCUGAUUGGCAAAUCUACCAGCAGUACUGCAGAAGAAGCCUGUAAUAAGUGAACAGCAGCCACUGUAGGACUGAAUAUUGCCAGAAUCUGCAGUGGUUAGCAUAGGGAACUGGAAAGUAUUCCAAAUUGGUAGAUGAAUGAACUGCAUGCCAGAACUUUUUUUCUGAUGUAGUGUAAAUGGAUUAAGCAUAGAUCAAGGGCAAGAGGAAUCUGAUGCAGUUUUCAUUAAAACGAGUAGCAGUGUUAAAGAGCAUUGACUAUUUAAAGAAUGACUGUGUCUUUGUUUCAGAAUGUGCUGUGACAGACUGAAGUUAUGCUUUAAAAUGGGUUCUAGGUUUUUUAUAUAUUAAAAAAGUGUUUACAGUCUUUAAUGCCCUAACUAUAUCUUUUUAGUAAAAUAAAAUUAUUGUAAAACUUAAAUAAUGUUUGUCAGCCAGAUCACUAUCAAAGUGAUAGUUUCUUAUUUUAAAACUUAAGUUGUUCUAAAAUUCAAAAUUUUAAAUGAAGAAGUGUGUAUAGGUCAGUUACUGGAAACUAGUGGCUACCUGGCAAACUCUGGCUGCCUGAUCUCUUUAUGCUGCCUCUUACCUUUCCUCUCCAUAGAACUACAGAAACAAAGGGUUCUUUCCAGGCAGUGGUCCUAUCUUUUCAUGCACUUUAUCUCUCUCCUUUUUUGUUGCCAGAAAUGUACCUGCCAGCCAGAGGCCUUAGACUUCUCUGGUGGUAGCUACUGUAAACUGAAGGGUGGUGGAAGUGUGUGGCUAGAAGGAAUAAUCAUUGACAGUGCUGAACAGCAUAUGAUUUGCCCUUGUGAAGCCAUGAUUUUUAUUGAUUUCUCAUGUGGCAUUAAUUAGUUCACUUUGAAGGUGGUUUUGUUAUGAAUGUUGUACCCAACUGUAUGUGUGAAGCACUUACACAAUAUGCUUGAACUAUUAAUGCUGCUUAGCAUCAGUGGGGGUUUUUUAUUUAAAAAUAUGGUUUUGCUUUUAUCUAAUGUUGCCCUCUUAUUCUUGCAUUAUUAGCAAAUAUUAAUUACUUUUCAACAACCAGGAAUUCCACUCAGGGAAGUGCAUGGAAUUCUCUCCGGAGAACAAAUGGACUGGCAGAGGAGGGACAAAUCACUUUACCCAUCUUUCACCAACUAGCUUGGCCUCAGUAUACGUCAUGGAGACAGCGAAGCUCCUUGCUUCUUAGCCAGCACAGAAAGACAGUAAACUAAACUGAAAGUGUGGAGGAGGGGGAUCCCAAAACAGCCCACUGAGAAUUAAGCAUGUUUCGUGGGCAUGGAAUCCUGAUUUAUUUUUGUGGGGUAAUGAAGUAACAGAGGAAAUGAAAUGGAGGGCAUGACUGGUUGAAACACUGACCAGGAGCAUGCCCCAUUGCAGUAUCUUGCUACAGAUUCCACCUGUGCAUACUAAUUGCUAUAAUGUGCCUUGGUAUGCUUCCAAAAUUAAGCAUACAACAUGUAGUGACUAGUGUACAUUUUAAACUCCAGAUUUCUGGUGUCAUAACGGGCAUGUUGAAAGCUGCUGAUGCCUUAUUGAAAUAGGAAAGACAUCACAGUGAAGAUGCUUGUGGUUACAGCCAUGAUUAAACUUUGUGUCUCAAUCUGCACUUAAGGGUCUGGCAGUGUUCUAUUAUUAUUAUUAUUAUUAUUAUUAUUAUUACUAAUGAUAUUUAUUACACAAAGAAAUAAAUUUAUUGGGGUGUACUCAGGUCAUCACCACUCAUUUCACUGAAUGAUGUUAGCUAUGGUUGUGUGUGCGUGUAUGUUUGCAUAAGGGAUAGCUGCUGAGAAACCUUCAUUGGUUACCAAUUUCCUGCUGUUUCAAUGUUCUUGUGCUCACAAAGCCAUUUGGGCCUGAAGUACCACCUGAUUCUUUAUGCUCCACUUUGAUCACUGAAGUCUUGUGAUGAGGCACUUGGUGGUCUCAUAUCCCCCUGAGGUUCAGCUGGUCUUUACCAGGUGCUGAGCAUUUAGUGUAGCAAGCCCUGCUCUGUGGAACUCUUGCCAAUAGAGGUUCAGCAGGAGUGAUCCCUGCUUGUUCUUAGAAAUCUUCACGUCCUGUGCAGGUGUGAAGUUGCAUGCAGUUUGGGUGAGUCUAAUCAGGCUGCUCUAAUAUGUAGCUUUGCUCUAGCUCUUUAGCCAAGCCUCUUAACUGAAUUUUUUCCCUCUCACAACUAUAGAAUAAUAAUCUUAGGUAGUAGUGCUAUUAUCUGUAGUUAUUGUUUAUAAAUUUGUAAAUGUUUGUCUUCUGUAGAUGGUGAAGGUGAAGGUGAUGGUGCAGCAGGGAAGAAAAAGAAGAAGAAGAAAAAGAAGAAAGGACGUAGGUGUUUGUUACUAUGGUUGUAUCGUGCAAACUUUGUUUCUGCUUAUGUCAUGUUUAUGGAGCUUACACAUAACACUACCUUAUACAUAGCAAGAACAUUUAGCUGUCUUGCUCAGUAUCGUCUACUGCAGGGGUAGGUAACCUUUGUCCUGCAGUCAGCACCCAGCUUGGCAAGUUGUAGCAAGUGAGCCUCCACGGUUUUAUCUCCCAGUUGCAAAGCUGUGAUGUUCAGUGCUGUGAAGGGAAGAUAAGGCUCUUUGCCUGCUCUUUAUAGGCCAAGUGGGAAAUGUGUUAUCCCACCCCAGUGCUGGGGGAAGAUUACUUUGUAAGACCCUUCAUUUUAGCAGGUACUUGGGGGAGGGAAGUGGUGUUGGUAUACAGCUAUAAGGUAUAGUUGAAAAGAAAAUUAAAUCUCAGAACAACAACCAUCCUCGUGUAUAUAUUUUAUAGAGACCUGGGAGAGGAACUGACACCUGAAACACUUUAGUACAUAUGUGCCCACUUUUACAGUCUUACAUUUUUAAUCACUGUAAGUGAUUUCAGUGAUUCACCAAGGACAGGUAUGAGAAUAUAGAUGCUGUCUUGGUAAACAGUGGUGUUUGAAGUGUAUGCAGAUAUUUGAAUUCUUAAAGAAAUUGAUUGCUAUGCACAACCCAGGUUGGUUUGUUUGUGUGUUUUUUGCUAAAAGUGACUCAGUGCUGCAACUGUAAAAGGCACUCAGAACUGGCAAGGUUAUUUAAGGGUAUCUUGGCAUGUUUUCAGUUUUAGAUAUGAGCCCAAGUAAGGCAAUGUAAAAAAAAUUUUUUUAAUGCUUUUGUAUUGAAAAUGAUAAAACUAUGCAGUGCAUCGUAAGAGAUUCAACUUCUGCAUUUCACCCAACAGCUAAAGUCCAGACAGAUCCUCCGUCUAUUCCAAUAUGUGAUUUGUUUACCACUGGAAUAUUUCCAAAAGGUGAAGAGUGUGAGUAUCCACCAACACAAGAUGGGUAUGUAUCUUGUUUUAAAAAUUUAACAUGCACAGCAUGGUACAUUGACAAAUUAUUUUGUAGGCUUACCUAAUUGCCUGUUGUUCAUAAGUCUCUGCCCCAAGAGCUGGGUUAUUAUAUUCGCUUUACUGUUAUCCGUUAUGUUGGAGGUGCUAAUUGGAAGUAAGUGAAUUUUAGAGCAUUCCUGUCUGUAUAUCUCUGUAUAUGUUUGUAACUGCAUACUGUAUUUUGUUGGCAUUGAUCUUGGGAUGAUGUAGAUAUGCUUAAUGAGUUGGGAUUACUUUUAUGUAUGAAUAGUAAAUGUAUGAAGCAGUGACUUUGCCAGCAAACUAUAUAGUACUUGAACAUAGGCCUAAUCAACAAGGCCUGUGCUUGUUUAUAUACUAUUAAAUGUAUAUAGUUUUAAUUCUCUUGUUUUUUAAUUAUUAUUUUUCUAUGUUUUUAUUAAUUCCCUUUUAAAAAUAUGUAAGUUGCCUUGAGUCCUAUUAGGGGAAAAGGGGAGGUAUUAAUAAUUGUAAUAACUAUGAUAAUAAUGCUUGUCAUUCAAAAGUGACAAUGUACCUCUGUAUUUUAUACUUCAAAACCAUGUUCUGUUUAAUUCUGUAGAGAACUACACUGCAGUCCUUAAAGCCUGCAGUAGGUUAAUACUGUGAUGGAAAAGCUGGGUUCAUUUAUUCAUGUUUGGUGGGAAUACCGCCAUGUUAAAAACUUUUGGAAUGGAGUAUUCUCUAUUAUAUCCACAAUUACAGGCCAACCCCUUUCUUCAAAUCCUGCCUUAGCCCUACUAUCUUUGGACAUAGGCUUAGGCUCCACCCUGCACUUCAGAGAACUUGUAGGCUUCUUACUGACUGCAGCAUGAUUAGCGUUUGAGCGUUUCACUAGACACAAGAGGGCAAUUAAAAGCAUAACAAAUAGAGAUACCUUCCAAGAAAUGUGGACCCCUUUAUGUUAAUGACCAAAAUCAAGACCUUGUUAUAUCAACCACUCAAUAUUCUCAGUGGAGAGGUUUCGUUAAGUAAUAUGUUUGAAUGUUGAAUGUGUAAGUGUUUGUCUAGAGACAAUGGAUAAAUCAAGCACCAUUAGAUGUGCUGCUGGAUAAGUGCUUAGUGGUAAUUGUAUUAGUGUUUGUUUAAAAAACAGUAAUUUAAAAAAAACAAAACCUGUAAUGGAAAGGGGAAGGUUAGGAGAGCCUGCCUACACUCUGCACAGCUGCCUUGCAAAGUAGACCAGCACUGUCCUCUAAACUAUCCAGUAACUGCUGCCACCAUCACUGAGUUUUUGCAGUUCUACAGUUGGAUGCCAGCCCCCAGUGGGAGGGAAUUCUGUGGUGUUCCGGGAAAUAAUAAAAAUCUAGAAUUCUGAGUCAAUGCUACCUCUGCCUUUCAGUCACAUCAUUCUGUUUACUCAGGACAAUGGGGCUGGCAUCUAACUGUCUCUUCCACCAUGGAAUUCAGCACAUUCCCUAUGAAAUCCACACUUUUGCCCUAGUGGCAUAUAUACGCUCAGUGGUUAAGCUUGUAGGAGAUUACCCAAAUCCUAAAGUUUGGCAUAAACACCCUUCAGAUCCCAGCAGUCAAAUAAUAUGAAGCUUUAUUAAGAAUGGAAGAGGAAAAGGCAAAUGGACAAAUACUGAAAAUAAAAGCUCUGUAGAUGAAAUCUACCUGUGCUGACCUAGUUAUUUACAGACUGACUGCUUGGUCUACUUGUGAGUAGCAUGGCUUUAGGUGGUCAGUUGCAUGGAGGGUAGGUGGUGAUUGAAUGGAGGAAACAAAGCACUGCAUACCCAAGCCCAUUUUAAGGACUCUCUUCUGCUCAUUGGGUUGAGUAGCACCUGGUUCUUUCUUGCUAGUUAGAGCACAUGUCACGUUUUGGCAGGUAACUGGUAUGGCACCUGGCCAGGAAUUGGGGAGACAAUGGCCACUCACAAAGGCAGGCAUGGAUGGUUAUCACUGGUGUAAAUCCCCACUGGAAUUGCUCAGUCUUCCUGCCACAGAACCUUUCCCUUGGUUUGUGGAUUCAGGACUAGACUGCAUACCCGUCUGCUUUGCUCAGACUUAAUGGCGGGCAAGUGAGCAAGAUCCUUCUCCACAAAUAUCCUCCAGUCUUUCAUUUGGCAAACUCGCAUAUCUUAAGUCAUGCAGUUGACAGGCUUCGCACCUUUCAAAAAAAUAUGUGAUGGCACAUGAAGGAAUAUGCUUUGUUAGUUUAUCCAGGUGCUUUUCUACCCACAGGCCAACUCAGGCAGGUGAGCUGGACCACUGUUACAUGAUGUCAGGUGCAGGGCAGGGUGUGGCUUGGCCAAAACGGUCUGGUGGGUCAGAGGUUCUCCAUCCCUGAGAUAAGACAUAAGACCUGGUCUACACAUGCAACAAUGACAUGGUAGAACAGUGAAGUGGUAGAGUGGCUUGUAUAAUUUUGGACAGUAAGUGGGGUUGUACCACUUUUGAAUGUCCCCAUGUAGUUUUAUUUAUUUAUUUAUUUUAUUUCAGCAAUUUGUAUAUUGCUUAAUCACCAUCAUCUCUAAGUGGUGUAAACAAAUCUGAGCAAGUAAAACGGCAAAACAAGGGAAGAAGUUAUAGUCCAAUUUGCUCUCUACUGGGCUAGUGUUCUGCAUAGCCAAGAGCUUUUCAUAUGGAGGAACGCGGGUGGCUCUGUGGUCUAAACCACUGAGCCUCUUGGGCUUGCUGAUCAUAAGGUCAGCAUUUUGAAUCUGCACAACAGGGUGAGCUCCCAUUCCUUUGUCCCAGCUCCUGCCAACCUAGCUGUUUGAAAGCAUACCACUGCGAGUAGGUAAAUAGGUACUGCUGUGGCGGAAAGGUCAAUGGCAUUUCUGUGCGCUCUAACAUUCAUCACAGUGUUCCGUGCACCAGAAGUGGUUUAGUCAUGCUGGCCACAUGACCUGGAAAAGCUGUUUGCAGACAAAUGCAGGCGGCGCUCAUAACUGUUGAGGAAUCCUUUACCUUUACUUUUACCUAUAUGAAGCAUUGUUUAAAAACAUGAUCCUUUCCACCUGCAGUCUAAAGUGGUACAGUCCACUAUACCAGCUAUUGCAUGUGUGCAGGCCACAUCUAGAAUUCAAAGAACAUGUGUAGAGGAGCUUUGGACACCUGCAGUUUUCCUUAUCAGCAGGUCACUUGGCUGAACUCCUAAACCUGUUCCUUACAUUCUCCCAAGUUGGAGUCAGGCUAGGUACCCAAGGUUUUUCGUGGUAGAAAUGGUGCAAUAAUGAUAUUUCUCCUUCAAUGAAUAUUUUUUUCUUUUACCAAAAUCUUCACCUACCAGUUUCUGAAAUCAGUGAGGUGUUUCAUGAUGGCAGUAGAAUUGGAAACAAACAUUGAUUUUGAACUACUCUGGGACUUGGUCAGAGUGGGCUAACUAGAGUUUAAUAACUUGAGUGAUUGUAUAUGUAAUUUGAAGUUUACCUCUGUUAAUCUAAAAUAUGUAUAUUAAAGUAGUAGUCCUGUUGAGUAUACCUGUGUCAUCUAGUUUGGAUUACAAGCUAAAAUGGCCAGUCUGACAAUCCUUGUAUCCCAAUAUUAAAGGCGAACUGCUGCUUGGAGAACAACAAGUGAUGAAAAGAAAGCACUAGAUCAAGCAAGUGAAGAGAUCUGGAAUGAUUUCAGAGAGGCUGCUGAAGCACACAGACAAGUGAGAAAAUACGUUAUGAGCUGGAUCAAACCUGGAAUGACAAUGAUAGAAAUCUGGUGAGAAUAAAAGAUCAUAGGAUCAAGGGAGGACUAUACAAGGGUUCAUCUCCAUAAGUUUAAUUGAAUGUGCUGGACAUAGAGAUUAGGUGUGGGGCUUCCAUAUAUCAGCCUAGUUCUCCAUCAGUUCUGGUGACUGUUGGUGAUGAUUGUAUAUUUUUGUUUUUGUUUUUUCACAACUGCUUCUAUGGACUAUGAGGCUGGGGGACAAGCAGCUAACAGAAUGUUGCUGCAAAGUUGUUCAACGAGUAUGAUACAGCUGGAGACAUGGCACUUCCUCAGUUCUUAUAUUCUUGGGGCAGCAAAUAUCUCAUAUUCUAAGAACAUUCCCAGUAAUAUGCAUAGCAAAGGGAAGGAGGGGAAUCGUUUGAAUUUUUUUUUAAUGUAGCAACUAAAUAAAGCUGCUGGAAAACAAAUCCGUUCAUGUAAUAAAGACCUUUGCUUCCCUAGCGAAAAACUAGAAGACUGUUCACGGAAGUUGAUAAAAGAGAAUGGGUUAAAUGCUGGGCUUGCAUUUCCCACGGGAUGUUCUCUGAAUAACUGUGCAGCCCACUAUACCCCUAACGCUGGAGAUCCAACUGUAUUGCAGUACGAUGAUAUCUGCAAGAUAGAUUUUGGAACACAUGUUAGUGGUGAGUUUUCUCUUGCUUACUCUGCAGUUAGAUCAUUUAGUUGAGUUCAGAUUCUUUCAUCUAAUUUGUAUCUAAUUUCAGGUCGUAUCAUUGACUGUGCUUUUACUGUCACAUUCAAUCGAAAAUAUGACAGGCUGUUACAAGCUGUAAAAGAUGCAACUAAUACUGGAAUAAAGGUAUACUCGCAAGGGGAAGUGUAACUUUAUCUCUUACCUACAUACUUUGUGAGAGGGAAUUUUUAUCUUCAAUUUCAACCUGUCUUAUGUGUGUGUAUAGUGCGCUGGAAUAGACGUUCGCCUUUGUGAUGUUGGUGAAGCUAUUCAAGAAGUUAUGGAAUCUUACGAAGUUGAAAUUGAUGGCAAAACAUAUCAAGGUAAAUUUCCCCUAUCUAGUACAUGUGAUAGUUUUGAUUCAGCGCUAAGGGAGAAAGCAUGUGUGCAUAUGAAACCGACAGAGGCAUUGCAUUUGUAAGACUUGAUUACUGUUGUUGCUCACAAGUAAAACAUUUUGAGAUCCAUUAAACUUCUCAAAGGGUUUUGAUUUUUGCAUUUAAUUGUGUUUUUGGGAAUUUCAUGUUGUCUUUUGGAUUGCAAAAAUUGAGAAUAGCUUUUUUUAAAAAUGAAAUUGCUUAUUCUAGAAAAGUUAACUGUACAAUUACUACGUGCAUUGAUUUUAUAGUGUUUCGUAUUUUAUGUUACAGUGAAACCAAUUCGCAAUCUGAAUGGACACUCUAUUGGACCCUAUAGGAUACAUGCAGGCAAAACUGUUCCCAUUGUGAAAGGAGGAGAAGCAACAAGAAUGGAAGUAAGCAAAUAACUCUUACACUCUUACCCUCUGAACACAGAAGUAUAGAGCUCAAUGGGCCUUUACUCCCACUGAAGAAUAUGCACCGUAUUAGGCUGUUAAUAUUUGCAGUUUCACCUGGCCCUUGUUUGAAAUUCUGUUUCCAUUCCCGUCCCCCUCAACUCAGUUUUUAGUUUGUAGUACUAAAUUACUUGAAACCCAGGAAGCAUGUGGCUACUGCUCACAACAGAAUGUUGUAAAUAUGUGUGUAAUACUUAACAGUUGGCAUUAGUUUUAUUAAAAUGAAAAAUGAAUGGUAUGCCUAACAAUCAUUUUGUUCUUGCGAGUAAUUCAAAAUGUCCUAUCCCCACAAUUAAAAUUUGUAUUUAGAAGCCAAUGAAGGUGUCAUUAAAAAAUAAAACAUGGGGAGGUGAACUACCUGAUUGGGAAAAGUGGAAAAUCUGGCUGUUUAGUUAAGAUGACAAAGGGCAGCAGGAUUCAUGCACUAUCUGAUAGUUAUCACAACUGAUCACAAGAUCUUGCAAACUUCUUUCUUAUUCUAAUACAUGCCACUCCAGAAAUAGUUCAGAAGUCUUAAAAUUUUAUUCUGAAAAUGCCCCACUUUUCCUAUUCUUACCCACCAGGAGUAAGCUAACUGGAAUACCAUUGUCCCACUUGUUGGUGGCAUUCUAAGUACUCUACUCUAGCUCCCAGGCAUAACCUAUUGCCCCAGAGAAUGAUUUGAAGGUAUAUGACUAAUUUCUGUUGCUGAAGUGAAGAGGGUUUAACAUUGUAAGCUGCCUGUAUGGGUGGCCACCUUUGAACCAGGCUGAGUCUAUAAAUGAAAUAUAACACCCGAACAGCUAUUCCUAGUACAUGGGAUUAAGCUAUUCAUUAAACCUGAUUGGGCAGUGUCUAAGUAAGGAAGUAUCACCCUGACAGUAUUUGAAAAUCUUUGAUUUACAGGAAGUGAAUAGAUUGAUUGUAUUUCAUGGGCAUGCUGCCCGUACACCUGCUCUGUGGGGUAUUAUGUGUUGUCCUACAUUUAUAGUUCUGAGAAAUUCCAGAGUUAGUCUCCUGUAGCAAAAUAAUACUGUGCCAGAACCCAUGUUUUCAAAUGCAAAGAAAUAGUUCUUUGAUUAUUUCUCAGCAUGGACUCCAGUAUGCUUAUCUAGUAUAUGCGUCUCUUUAAUUUUAGGAGGGAGAAGUAUAUGCUAUAGAAACCUUUGGCAGCACAGGAAAAGGUGUUGUUCAUGAUGAUAUGGAAUGUUCUCAUUAUAUGAAGAACUUUGAUGUUGGACAUGUGCCAAUAAGGUUAGUCCUGCUUUUAUUACAGUGGGUAAAUGCCCCUUUGUCUGUACUAUUGAAAGAAAUAUUGUUGCUAAUUCACAACUUGAAAAGAAUGGUAAGUAGACUGCUUAUAUACUAUGGGUGCACAAAUGAGACAAAAACCAACAAUUUUUAGAGCUACUUGUCCUUAAAGUUACUUGAUUUACUCGUGUGUGAGUGGAGAGUAAUUUACCACUGCUGAAACUCUUCCAGAUGUUUUUGAACUAACAACUCCUAUCAGCCUUAGCCAGCAUGGCCAGUAGUCAGGGAUAAUCAGAGUUUAAGAACAGCUGGGGAACACCUGAUUUGGGAAGAAUGAUUUAGCAUGACAUCCAAAUACAGCCAAUAUUAGCAGCAGCUUUACAUUACUGUGGUUUAAUCAUAGUGAUUUCAAAAAACGCCUAGCAUCUUAAAUACUUUGAAUCAUGUUCUUUGAAUCAGCAGUGGUAAAUUAAGUGGCCCAUGGGCUAGAUCCAGCCCAUCGUGGUGUUUGACGUAGCCUAUCAGCCUCCUGACUAAAAUUACCUGCAGUGACAGGAAUAACAACACUCAUAACAACAAGGCAGCUUUCAGUCUUCUUGACUGUGUCUGAAGAAGUGUGCAUGUACACGAAAGCUUAUACCAAGAACAAACUUAGUGGGUCUCUGAUGCCACUGGACAAUUUUUUUAUAUAUUCUUGAAUACCGUCAUUAAUAGCAGGCUGGAUCACUCCAGAAACAGGAGUGUUCUGAUCUGUUCCAAUGGAAGGGCAGCACUAGGCUGGUAGGAGCAAGGGAGUUAUUUUCCUUCCCAUAGCAGUGCUGGACUUAGUGGAGAGGCUUUUUCCAGUGCUGCAAUUGAAAGAAAAAUCCCUUCUGUUCUUCUUAGCAAACAAUAAAUGCAACCCUCAGGCCCCACCACAGCUUUGUGCGUUCAUUGUUACAUGAAAGCAAAGACCACUCUCUCUGGAAUGGUCUCCUCACCAGAAACAAGGUAUGCAGCAGCAAUGAUGCGAUUCUGGUGCAUGCUGAACACUUUUUUUUGUUUACCGUGUCUUGUUGGCUACUAGUGCUAUGCAUUAUGGAAUUUUAAAGUAUAUUUUUACUGCUUCUUUACUGAACACAGCAUGACUUACUCAUGAGUAAACAUGCAUGGGAUUGCACAGUAUCUGCCUGAUCAGCAUUUCCUCCUGCUCAUUCAGUGCACUCUUUCUUCUAGGCUUCCAAGAGCAAAACACUUGCUGAAUGUUAUCAACGAAAACUUUGGCACUCUUGCCUUCUGCCGCAGAUGGCUAGAUCGUCUGGGAGAAAGUAAAUAUCUAAUGGCUCUGAAGAACCUGUGUGACUUGGGUAUAGUGGAUCCAUACCCUCCCCUAUGUGAUAUUAAAGGCUCAUAUACAGCACAGUUUGAGCAUACCAUAUUAUUGCGUCCAACAUGCAAAGAAGUUGUCAGUAGAGGAGAUGACUAUUAAAACUUCAAGGCCAUUACCUCACCUAUGUACUCUGUUGGAACACAUUAUGCCAGAAUAAAUUUGCAGUCUGUUUUAACAGUGGACCCCAUGUGAUAACUUUCCAUGUUCGGAAAGAGGAAUUUAAUCAAAGGCAAGUUCUCUCAUGUAUCUAACAAAAGGAAAAACAGCUUUUGAGGCCUCUAGAGUAUUUCAGGUUACUUCUUAGUUUGGAAUGAGUUAUACAUAUUGUUUUAAUAUUUCUGAGAGAAGGCUUUUGAAUAUUUAUAUUACCAUAUUCCCUACUUGAAUGCUUUGAAUGACUACACCUGAUUUCUGCGCCUAAGUCGUCUCUGGUAUUGCCUUUUAACUUCCUGGAAUCCAUUUUGUAAAAAAUAAAGACAGAUUUAUGGAUCUAAUACCAAAUAUGGUUUUUGAAAGUGUUAAAAGUGCUAGGCAGCAGUGCUCUGGGGGAAAAACCUGCCUUAUUAAAUGCUGUAGAUGUAUUCUUUCUCUGCUUACACCGGAUAACAACACAAGGCAUGGUCUACUUUUCUGAAGUUUUGUCUUAUAUAGCAUGAGUCUUGCCUUGCUUUAAGUCAUGAAGUUACGAACUUUCGGAAAUGUUAUCUGCCCUCAGCUAUGGUACACUGACCUAUAGUGCAUAGCUUGAUAGGUUCUUUCUAUGAAUGGGGAAUUGAAAUUGGUCUUAUUCUGCUCAUUUUUUCCCAUUCAUUUAUGAUAAAUCCACUAGCCAGCUUAAACAUUACUUGAUACUUCAGUUAUGACACUUAUUUAAAUGACAAUGCAAAUAUUCCAUUUAUCAGAACUCUGGAUAUUCUUCAUUAUGUUCAGAAACUGGAUUAUAUUAUUUUCCCAUUACACUUGUUAAAACUAGUUUUAUUUGAAAUCUCUGCUAAUAAAAGUUUGAUACAUUAGAUGCUAUUCUUCUGUACCCAUGUAAGUGGCAGUAGGGUUGAGGCUAAUCAAAGUAUAACAGGACUCCCACAUAUUUUCUACAGAAUUGUUUGACAUUCUAGUUUUAGCCUAGAAAAGGUUUUAGCAGGCUGCAUAUUUCUUCUGUACAAAGCAGCAGAAAAAGUCCAACUACUAAGUGGUGCUAAUCCGUAUGCUUCGUUGACCAUUCAUGCAGUAGGUUUUUGCAGACUGUUAGGAUGUGCUUUGGAAUUAAGGUAUAGAAAACACAGUUCACGCUCAAUAAGGUACUAUCUGUAUAAACAGUUGUUAGAUUGACUCUGGGAUUUGUCCUGUUUGCAAUGCUGUUUAUUUUAUGACCUAGCAUUGCUCAAAUGCAAUUGAGUUGGACCCCUCUGCCACCAAGUACUAUUCACCUUGUCCGUGAGAUUCCUUAGUUUUUAUUAAAUUAUUGCAUAAACGAAAGGUGGUUUUAGAAAAUCAUUUAUUUUAUCCAGAAAGCUACCUAAGGGUUUUCAUUUUAUUUUUAGGUAGCCUCUAUGCAAUAGUAGCUAGAUGAGUAUAAAGGAACAUUUAAUGGAUUGGGCUUUAUGUUGGGAAAAGCUAAUGUACAUUGAGGUAGAAUAGAAGGGCAAAUGUAAGGCUAAAAUCAUAUAUUAGAUCCAGCCCAUCAAGGUGUUUGACAUAGCCCACCACCCCCCUAUAGGCAGCAAGCUUCUUGAAGAAAACUAGCAGCAAAGCAGCUUGUAGGAAAAACAAAAAGCCAAAAGGGAAGAAAACCAUCUAGUUGUCAGUAACGAGAAUACAGUUCUGAACGAUGCUACUGUUGUAGCAGUCAAAGGAGCUGAGCAGAAAAUUGGUGCCCAUGCUCAUUGAAAGAUGUGUCCUGAGCAUCUGGACUGACAACAUGUUUCAUUGUCUGUCUGAAAGGCUUCAGAUUCUGUGUUGCAUAGGCACAGACCAUGAAGACCUAUGUAUAAUUAUGAACAGGCCAACUCCUUAUCAAUACUUUUAAAAUGCCUUUUGAGAAGCAGAGAGGUCCCUGCAUUGCAGAAUCAAUUAUACUACAGAAGUAUAAAUAUUUAGUAUGUAUAAUUUUUGGCAUGGAGUUACUUGAGUGCUUUGGUUGUUCUAUAAAGAAUGGUGUUUUGCUUAGGUAUCGACUGGAAGUUUAAAUAAAAAACCAAUAGCUACUUUUCUGAUGGGCUGUUUUAAAAUCAUACAUUUUCAAAACUGAAUAGGGUAAGGAAGUCCUUCCCCCCCCCCCCAGGCCACUUGCAAAGAAGGAAAUGCUUCACUUGCUGGAUUUCUGUUUAUGUAGCUCUUAAAGGCACUGAAACUGCAGCCACAACAUUAAAACCCUCUUAACUGAACUACUAUCUCUCAGGGUACAGGCCAAGAUAGAGUUAGAUCAGUCUUGCCACAGUAGGCCAUUGAAAAUGUAACUGAUUCUUAUUAAAUCUGAAAUAGCUUAGAAUUGCCAUUUUUUCUUGCUCAUCUUUAACCCUUUUCCUCUGUUUUUGGUGGAACAUUGCCUGUUUUUCCCUUUAGUUUUGUUCUUGGUCUCCGCUUUUCUUUCUCUACAGAUGUUCUCUUGUCCUAUUUCUCUUUGGCCCUCCUGCUUCCUUUGCACAAACAUGUUUCAUUUACAGAUGGGUCUUGUCCUAAAACUGGGGUGGGUAACCUUUGUUGGGGUCCAACUCCCAUCAACCCCAGCCAGCAUGCCCAAUAAUCAGGGUUCAGACACCUGCACCCACAAUGACACAAUAGGCACCUGACGUGCUCAGAGGAUGACUCUUCACAAAUUGGUUCAAGCUCUUAGAUCUUAACUAGUUGCUAUGCUUAAUUCUCUUUCAUGGUGUUUUUUUUAAGUUGGGACAUUGGCUUCUUUUAAUGAUGGUAGGGGUUUUUUUGUAGCAGGCAGGUUAACUGUUCGCUGUACUGGCCAACAAAGGAAAGAAAAUGUAGUACCCUUCUAGCUGAGCAGUAGAAAACAGGCUGCAAAUGAAGACAUUUUGCUACCUAACAUCAAAUAUUCAUAGGCAAUGAGUUUUGUUUAAUAAAAUACGUAGUCUUUAUCUAGGUAUCUCACUUAUGUUGGGUGGCUAUCAGUUCAAGGACUCGUAAGAUUACAGUAAUUAAGACAAAUGUCUAUGCUCAAGUUUCUGCCUUGUGUGCAAAUAAUCAGGGGACCUGCUGUGUUAAGAGGUCCUGAAAAAAGGGCUCUAACCAUUAUUCUGUGGGUUCUUCAUGCAGAGAAAGUGCCUAUUAAACUAGAGUAUACAAAAGUCUUUUUCCUAUCACCCCAGAUAACUUUGAGAAGAAAGUGAAUUAGGGACUUAAUGCUUAUUUUUAUGUGAGCGUGAGACAUGCAUUUUUCUAUGGCAUUUGAGAACCUCUGCACAGACAGCUUCGCAGUAUUCAGUUCUCCCCUCCAGCCCUUUCUCUUGGGGUGGUGGAGUGCUUGCAUUCCCUCUCUACGCGGAAACUUUAUACAGUUCUCUGUGUCCUUCAGAGUUGGAAGGAUAGAAGACGAGAGAGGUUUGUGUAUAAGCAAUAACUUCCCUCCAUAAUUCACACUAGGGCAAUUCACCCCAAACUCCAAAAUCCUAUUUCCAGAGGGCAGGAGAGCAAGGGUUUGUGUCUCUUGCUCAAAAAUACCACUCAGCUAUCUCUGCAUUAAAAAAAAAUAUUGUAGGAGCUUCACACUAACCAGUUCACUUUCUCAGCCCUUUUUUUGUUGGAGUCAGAUGUCCUCCAACAGACAUCACAAUGUAAGGCUGUCCCUCAUGCUGGUUAGGAAGUGCUGAAGAAUUCAGGAGGAUUUUUCCCCCCAAGCAGAGCAGCAGGCAGUUAAAAAAAUUAAGCUCUUACCAAUAAAAAAACCUUUUGCUUUGCUUAUACAAAACAAAUCACAGCCCACAGUACUCCUAAGCUUCACUUACACAGCUUCACUUCUUACACAGCCUAUGGUCCUAAAGAAACAGAUAAAAGACAAAUAGAGCAACACAAGAUUUUGUGAGGGCACUAUCAGAUUUGGGGUGUUUUAUUGAUACAGUUGAGAGGAGUAAUAAUUUGCUAGUUAUUCUUCCCCUAGCACUGAGCAGUUGCACACACCGAAUAAAUAUCUUGUUGCUUCUCCCCAGGACCUAGUGACUGAGUAGAUAAUAUGGUUUACCAAAUGGAGGUAGGAAGCAGAGUUGUAUUUUGCUCUCUGCAGGACUUUUCAGUUCAGAGUGGAAAGCAAAGUUCUACAUUUUAUACCAUCUUUUUUAAAAAAAUUCUGUGGAAGCAAGACAUAUGCCUGCAAUGACUGGUACUUCAGGAAACAUGGUAUAAAAUGCACAUUUUUUAUAAAAAAAAAUCCAAAAUUACACAAGUUGCUCACCAAAAUUCCUUAUCUAUUUUUCUACACCAAAAUAUCAAAAUAUAAAAAUGCUGAGAAACAGCUUGAGGUAAGAUUUAACAAUUCAAAUGGCAAAUUUCUUUUAAAAAAAUAGCUAUACAGAUAUCCUAAUAAUUUUGGAAGUUAACUACCAUCAAUAAAAAGUAUUUAUACUAAAAAAAAAUUCCCCAAAACAAGUUUUCAGCUAGUACAAAAGGGUAUGAAGAUACAUUGUACAAUACUGCACUUACUCAUCUCAACACAUGUACAAGUGACAACUCUCAGACUUGUACUGUACAUAUUAAAUUGGCUUUGGAUUAGCUGUUACUAUCUGCACUGGAACAAUUAACCUCAGUAUUUGGCUGUUUUCCAGAUGGUGAGUCAAGAGCUGAAACUUUACAGUGUCCAUUUGCCUGAGUAAUUCGUUGAGUAUAAAACAAGAUGUAGGCCUGGGCCUUGCAUACUUCUUCCAUAGUGCACAUGUUGAGCUUGGAAUCAUUGCAAUGAACCCAGAAUCCUAGAAGACAAGAGCAAUAAAAGUAUUGCAGCACUGGUUCUUGUAACAGAUCAAAGGAUUUUAUGUAUUGCAAUAUAAGAAUACUACAUUUUACACAGAAAUAGCUGUACUCCCCCAACCAAAAGGAUAUAUGCAGAAAUGUCCAAAUGACAGGAUGGCCUCUUUGUGCAGCAUUCAUUACAAUUUUAUAAGAUUCCCCUGCUUAAAUGUAUUGAGUUUAGGGAAUGAAAUAUUCAAUGAAAUAUUCAUGCUGGCAAAAUGAUUAGCACUAGCACAAUGGGACUCCCUGCCCCAUGCACCACCCAAAAAACUACUUUAUGGGAUUGGGAGAAACCCCAGAAAAGAUUUAAAGGGAAUACGGUGGGGUGGGGGCAUUACAGUUGCACAAAGAAAUCCUUGCCCUGAUGGAACCUUCUCUUUAACAAUAUGUCGAAUAUAACCCUUCUGUUGUGGCAGUGCAAGCCACUGUAUCUAAAAGGCAAGCUUAAAUUGGAUUUCAAAUUCAAAUUUGUUUGUACCUCCUUCUGAGUUAUAGCAAUAGGCAGUGUAGUGUCCUGAGCCAAAACCUUUCCCAUGAUGCAUCACAACAGCAGACAGGUCAUAGGUAAAGCAAUCUGGAACAAGGGACUUGAGAGAUUCUCUGCAGCAAUAGGGCUCCAUGUUGAGCGUCUGAUCAAAGCUGACGUGCACACCAAUCUUCUCACGAUGAUUACGUCCUGACCAUCUUGGGUGAUGAAAAGUAUAAAAAGGUUAUUUUCUAUUUCUUGUUCUGUAGGGUACCUUCAACAUAACUGGAAGUUUAAAAAUCUCUAUUUGUGGGCUAAAGCCUGUGAGUUUGUGUAUCUCUUACAGUGUGGAAGCAGUUACAGAAUCAUAAUUCUAGGGCACCUUGUAGGCUAAGUCCUGCCGUCUGCAAAGUGCAGGAAAUUCACAGUUAGGAGAAUCCACAAUAAUAGUCUUUCCGGUCGCUACUUGAGAACCGCAAGUGAGAGAGAGUCCAACACUCUUACAGAUUAUUAGUUUCAUUGUAGAACACUUUCUGUUGGAGGUUUCUUUUAAUCCUGUAACUUAUUCCCACUAGAUCAAGUCCUCAUUUGCAAGACACUCCUUUGUAUCUGAAAAAUUGCUUUCUUAAUGUCCAGUGCAGCAGUUGGUUCCCUCACAACCACAACCACUCCCUGUGACAAAUGUGACUGGUUUGUUCAAACCCAAUUGAUAAAUACAGUCAUACCUCGGGUUAAAUAUGCUUCAGGUUGAGCGUUUUCAGGUUAUGCUGCACGGCGACCCAGAAGUAACGGAAUGCAUUACUUCUGGGUUUCACCACUCACGCAUGCGCAGACGCUCAAAAUGAUGUCAUGCACGGAAGCGGCGAAUCACGACACGCACAGGCGGCAGACACGGGUUGCGUUCACUUCAGGAUGCGAACGGGGCUCCGGAACAGAUCCUGUUCGCAUCCAGAGGUACCACUGUAAAAUAUUUUUCUCUAAUGCCACUGGUUCCUUAGGGAUUUCCAGUCACAGACUAUGAGAGGGCCAUUUAAAAGUUUCAUAGAAGGGAGAAUUUCUCCAGCUGUGCCUUCCCCAAUCAUUCCCUAGAAGUAACAAGAAAAUCUGAGGGAAUUAUUCCCUGCUUUGUAAUUUACAAAGCAUCUGUCUUUCCUAUAGACUCUAUGCUUCCUAGGGUCUCUUCCCACUUAAAAUUUGCUUCACAGUGGUGUUUCUUGUCCCUGAGGCAUAUACAAGGUCUUAAUUUAAGUCAAACAACUUUGCCUCACAGAAGACAGGCUGCUAACAUUUGGAUACUGACAACUUCAUUCCUUGAGCACCUGAAAUGUUCAGGAACACCUCAAUAUUCACACCAGUUCAAAUCAUUGUCAGAAGCGUCAUCAAAUUCCUUUAAUGCAAACCAGUAUCGAUAACAGGCAUAAUAUCCCUUGGGUUCUGGGUGGAGCGCACAUUUUUAUUGUAAUCUCAAGAAGCAUUCUUUAUAAUCUGACUAAAUAUACAGAUCUAUUUUUUUAAAAAAAAAACAUUGAGAGAAGGUUGCCAGCCCAUUUUCCUUAAUAUGAUAGCAAAGGUAGUUCACUACAGUACCUGAACCGCUUAAGGUGUAACCGCAGAACUUGAGGUAGUCGGCAUACCAUAAGUUGCUUCUGUGCUUCUGUGAGUAUAAUGGGCUUAGAAGAAAACUUCCUUCGUUUUGCUAUGACAAGAAAAAGAAAAUCCUCCACUCAUAUUCACAAUAGAUGCAAGUUGUAGAAAAAAUAAAUCAAUGCACUUUGGAUAAUACAUGCCAAACAUAGGUUGCCUCAGUCUAGACUAGAGCUUCUCAACUAAGCAUUGGUUUAGAAGAAUUUCUGUGUGUACAGUCAGCUUAGCAGGAAUCCAUUUUGGAGAUAUAUUGUGGAAACAUUACUUGAACUUAAAGAACAUUCAAUAUACAACUUUAUAUCAGUUAUGUGGGGGUUGAAGAUUUUCUGCAGAAAAAAACUUAAGUUUGUGAAUUGAUUGAUACCAAUUGCAAAUAAUUAGGAAAGCAUGGCAUUUUCAGAAUUUCUAGACUUGUUUACUAUAAGCAAAUAAAAUAAACCAAAUUAGGGCAUCAGAAAAUUUUAUGAAAUGAAAAUUUUCUAAAUAAUACAUUUCAAUGCAAUUUAGUUCAAAAAAUUCCAGAAAACCCUUAUUACAGGUGUAUAUGUUGGUGUAAAACGCGAUGAGCUCCAGUGAAGUAUGGAUAAUGUACUGAUGCAAUCCUGAGAUGAGCAGAUGAUAUAAAUACUAAAAAAAAAGGUACAAAUGUAGAUUGAUAGUUUUGUUCCUUGAGAUUACCUUUAUAUAUCAUAUGACCUUAUACUGUGAGCUCAAGGGACUGUUCACACCUUGUUUUGCACAUUUAACAGAUGCACAAAUAAGAGGUAAUUUUUCUGAUUGUGGUGGUUAAAAAUGUACUGGCAGUAUCUAUGCUCUUAACCAAAGCUAGGCCACAUGUUACAUGAAAGUCAGGUGCCCAAGUACAUGCUGCCUUUACUCACUGUUGCACUGAUCACAGGCAUAUAUCUUUCCUUCCAAUGCUUCAGUUUCUGUAAACUUGGCCAACAUUUCCGUCAACAAGCAUGGAUGCUGACAGGUUGUCUCCUUUCCAUUGCAGUGGUAUCGUUCAGGAAAUUCCAGUGACAGAUCCCAGAAGGGUUCUAUAGUAUUAGACUUAUUAUCACACGCAAGACACGUUACCUGUCAAGACAAAAAACCCCACUUAAUUUGACUCUCUAGCCCUCCCUUCUUUUGCAAGUGAAUGUGCAUACAUAUUGCAGAUGUGAAGAGGAGGGGUGGAGCAAUCCAAAACCCCAAUCCUUCACACUGGAGGGGGUCUGGACAGAGUGGGAGGGGUCCCCCUGCCCAGCUCUGGUUAGUUCGACUGAUGAAGAAGGGCAUUUUGGGGAUGGACUGGACCAACAUGAGAUCUGCUGCAGUCAAGCAACGGCAACGGGCCCAAUCCAUGGUGGGAACUGUCGCAACGAAGUGGCAUUGGCCAGCGCAAACACUGAGACUAUGGAUGCAGUGCUGCCUGCAUGAAGCCCUGUUGCUGGGGUUCAGGGGAUUAGGACUGUGGCCUUAGCUGCUUUGUUGCUCUUGAAAGCCUCAUCAUCAUCUUUAAAUUGAUUACAUUUUUUAAAAAAAUGUAAAAUUACAGCUCAGUGACAGUUGAUGUCCUUCCAUUUGACCCUUCAUUUCAGUUUACAUGACCCAUCCUGAGAGCUGUUCAUAGUGAUUUUUCUUUCUCCAUAGUUAAUUGAAAAAUGCUUUUCAACUAGGGCCCCAAUUCUGAAAAGCACUGUAAAAAAGCCAGAUAUGUGAUGCUCUUUGUUAUUUUCCACUGUAAUUAAUGCUGUUAUUAUUCUAUCAAUAAAUAUUUU